GCAAGGGCGAAGGGGAGGAGAGGAAUCGCGACUAGGAGGUGGGGGUGAAGCGACAGGAGUUCGUCGAGUUACCGAGAGAUCGCGCUCGCGUUGUUUUUUGGGUCGUUCGUUCGUCAGCUCCGCGCGACUGCCAGAGCUCAGUUGUCGCUCAGUUCGGCUCAGCGCGGCCACCCGAAAAGAAAGGGGGUUUUACUUGCAUAUGUGUGCCUAUACGUACGCGUGUGCGCGACUCCUUUGCAUUACUGUCAAUUACAUUAAGAAGGUGAAAUUGUAAAAACCCCCUAGGGUCACAAGACCCCAUGGUUAUUUAUUCCAUCUUCUACCUGCUUACCGUAGAACGAGGUCAUAAAAGGGAUACACCGGACCUAUAGAAAAAAAAAAAAAAAAAAAAAAGAAAAACAUAAAUAGAGAAAAAGAGUAGGGCAAUAGAGGCUACGGUUUUAGUGGAAGUGGUCACUAGCAAUUCCCAGUAUCGCUUACAAGUUCGGUCAAUGGGAUUUCAUAUUUAAAAAAAAAGGGUUGGGUUUUAUGGUUUUUUUUUUUGUUGUAACUGCGGUCAAAUUUGAAUGUGUCAGUGACAAAGUGAGACAUUGAUACAAAAGAGUAAAAUAAACACGAUUUGAUGUGACGCUUCGCGAUCGAGGUGUGCAAUAAUAAAAAAGUGAACUUUAUGAUGAAGUUUGCAAAAGAUAGAUCACUGAAAGAAGAAACGCAUGCAUGCGUGACUUCUGUAAUUUUUAUAAGAGGAUUUAAUAUUUUAGUUUUAAAUAAAUAAGUUUAUAAAUAUUGAAUAUUGUGAAUAAUUAAUAUUUAAAUAAUUAAAUUAUCAAAGGUAUUUGAUGUUGCCAAGUGUUUUUUGUCACAAUUUAUUGCAUAUUUUAAGCUAAACAGUUUACGUUAAGAACUUGAUGCCAAAGUGUGCUGUGUUUUUGUUUUCUGUUACAACCUUUUCAUCUACUGGAUUUCUCAUCUGGAUCAUCUCAACUACGACUUUGAAAAAAUAAACAAUAAAUCGUUACGGAUAAAAUAAAAUUAAACACGUGGGCGACAACACGUCAAAUACUUUAUCGCCGUGUAUUCUUGGCGGGAUUAUCCACGCGUUCUGUCAAUCUCGAUUCACCCUUUCCUAUCCCAUUUUAAUCGUUUUUUUAUCCCCGGCUACGAUUUUCCACCCCUCCACUGGCACCCUUCCACCUGUCUACUGCGGCGCUACGCGGGGUCACUCACACAAAUACAACUCCUGCGCAUACACAUACGCGCACACGAACGCGCGUCUUGACGGGUAUCGGAUCGUGCCCCUACUUUUUGCCGUUCAUUCCCCACACAUAAUCUCUUUUUAUUUUCCUUCGAUAUUUCUCACUCCCAUACAAUCCAUCCAUCCUUUUCUCCGUCACUUUUCCUUCCUCACGACCAAUCUCACAUUUAAAUUUUUUUCGGAUCACUAAUGAACACACGAAUUCGGGCGAUGACAAUACUCUGCAACUAAAAAAAUAACCUCUACAACGACAAUAAUAAAUCGCGAGCGUCUUAAUAACUGUGUCGUUAUUCUACAAUCACGAUCUGCACCAUCGCCGAACACGUGUCCUGCUCAACGGCGACCCUGUACGACAAUGUUCACGCCGCGCCGCUAUGCGGCUCCGGCGUUGGGCAUCCUGGCUCUAUUACACCGAUGGGUACAGCCACCGGAGCGGGAAAUUCCACCGGGGUGACCUGGUGGGCCAUGAUGAACGGUGGCGUCUACGAAGAAAGUCCGCCGCCGAUUCCACCACCAGCCUCGUCAUUGAUUUCAAUCCACCAGCAACACCAACAGCAGACCUCAACACCUGGAUCCCACCAGCAAGCAACGACUCCAAGUUCACCUGGUGCCCCAAGUUCUGUGACAGCAUCAGCACCAGCUCCAACAGCCAGUGCAAGCUCGACAUCUCCAAGCGCUUCUUCGGUUGCCAGCAACAGCGCGACUGGGCCACUUCACAUUCCAGCUAAAAGAUUGACCGCGACGCCCAUUGCCGGGACGACCUACGGUGAGGUAAAUUGCGUGGAAGGGUCCGGUGUGACGGGAACUACCACGGGGGUCAUCAGGCACUCGCACUCGUCUUCAGCAGGUUCACAGGCUGGUUGGACUUCUUACAGUCCCCACAAUCCUCAAGAGGCCUACCACUCGUCAGCUGCAACGGCAGACGCAUUGAAUCAUCACCAGGCGUACGGGGGCACUAACCCCCCAACUUAUUACAACCUGGCGGACUCCGGUAUAGGAUCGUCGAGAGAUAGUCGCAAGUCCAGUAGUGCUCUGAGCUUCUGGUCCCCAGCAACGGCAAGUUCUGGGACAGCAGCUACUGGUGCGACGAACUCUGAUUACAAAUCUUACAACUCAGCAAGUACUGGAGGUACAGCAGCAACUUCUUCUGCUGCCUCAACAGCUGGUGCUACUGACCCAGCAGUUUCUACUGGCCAUCAGAGUUUUUCUCAGAGCUGGUGUAACUACUCGCCGUAUGCAAGUGCCAGGCAUCAUCAUUCUGUUGAUACGUCCCACCAUCAUCCUCAUUCCCAAGCUGGUGUGCCGUAUCUGACCUCAUCGGCACCUGACGAACGAGGGAGAAUGGCCGCUAUGGUUGCAGCCGAGAGUGCAUUCCCACAUGAUGGAUACGGAAGUCUCAGAAACUAUGGAGCACCUGAACCCGUGGCAUCCAGCCCCUAUACGACACCAGGGCUCUGGGGUUCCUCCUCAUCCCCCUUGUUUCCGGCAGGUUCAUUGGGCAUGCCAGUGAGUGUACCUGGAAUGGGCGUAAGCUGCACCGGAGGGAAUCCACUUCACGAGUGGACUGGGCAAGUGACAGUGCGAAAGAAACGUAAACCGUACUCGAAAUUUCAGACUCUUGAAUUAGAAAAAGAAUUUUUGUUUAAUGCCUAUGUGUCAAAACAAAAAAGAUGGGAACUAGCGCGUAAUUUAAAUUUAACAGAACGACAAGUUAAAAUAUGGUUCCAAAAUCGACGGAUGAAAAACAAAAAAAAUAGUCAGCGUCAAACCCAGCAAAACAACAACAACAACAAUAACAGCAGUGCAAACAAUGCGAAUCAUCACGGCACCACCAGCGGUAAUCAUCACCAUCCUGGAAGUACUCAUGGUCCGUCGAGCCAUCACGUCCAAGUCAGCCAGACCCACCACGCAAAUGGCUCGGCCAAACAUCAUCAGUGACCCGUGGCCUUCUCUGGGGUCUUUGGUCACCAACCGCAACAAACUUCGACUUCUGCCCACAGCAACAGCAGUGGCAGCCUAAACACUCACGGUCUCGCGGCCGCAGCCGCCGCAGCUGCUGCAGCAGUCAGCCAGAGCCACAGUUUCCAUCCAACCCAAGCAUCCCAACUCGCAACAGGUCUGCCUCCGCACGCAACGACGACCGUUACCGCAUCUCCAGCUGUUCACUCUCAUCAUCCUCAUCACCCCUCUCAUCAGUUGGCUCAUAUGGCGGCUCAUCAGCACACAAUGUUGUUCCAUCAGUCCAGCCAUGGUCUUGCCGCUUAACUACCGAGAUGCUGAUCAUUAACAAUCAUCAUUAAAUAAAUAAUUAAGCGGAUUAAAAUAUACCGUGAUGUUGUUAAUACUUUGAACGUCAGGACUUGAGAACUCCCAGAGAAUCCGUUAUUUGUAUAAGACAGUACUUGUAUACAUUUACACUAAACAGGUACAUAUAUAUAUAAAUAUAUAUAAAUAAUAAAUAUACGAUGUCAUUAAUACGUUAAAGUUAUAGUACACGGACACUCGAUGAUAUUUAUUCUGAGUGAGGCAAGAGACUUGUGUCGAGUGGACAUUAUAAUUAUAAUUAUAAUAAUAAUAAUAAUGAUAGAUAAUUUUUUUGACUGCUAUACACUAUGUGUAAGUGAGACAGUAUGAUAGGAAAUAAAUCAGUAUGAUUGGCAUGAUUUAUAAAUAAAGUGAAAGACAAAAUUAUUUACAUUCGUUAUUAAAAUACUUCUUUUUUUGCUAUUAACUUUGAGCUUUGUUAUUUAUUAAUUUGUUUUUUUAAAUUUAAUAUUUAAAUAUCCUGCCGAUAUUGUCUUAUUAUUAAGUUUUGUCUUUCGUAAUUUUGUUAAAAAGUUUUUUUUGUUUUUGUUUUUACGUGGGUCGGAAAAUUUGGUCGGAUUUUAGUCAGUCUUUGAGGUUUUAUAAAAUUUUGAGUUGUUUUUGGUCUAAAGAUCAGAAAUAGGCUGAAAAAAUUAGACAGAAAAAGUCGGAUUUAGAAUCCGAGGUGAUCGAAAUCUGACGAAAAAUUAUUGAAAAUGAGUCUGAAAAAAGUCUAAGUAAAGAAGAGUACAAAGAAAAUGAGCAUUUCUUGGCUUAAGAAAUUAUUUUCUCGCCUCAAGAAAAUAUGAAUUUUCAAUUUAUAAUCUAAAGAAUUUCUUAGUGCAAGUAAAAAUUUUCUUGGAGCGAGUAAAAAUUUGUAAUAAUGAAAUGAAAACUUAAAUUUUCUUGAGAUUGAAAAGAUUUUCUUGGCUCAAUAAAUUUUUGUUUACUUCAGAAAAUCUUUUCUUGGCUCGAAAAAUUUUUCUUCACUCCAGAAAAUCGUUUCUUGGCUCAAGAAAAUAUUUUCUUUACUCCAAAAAAUCUUUUCUUUCCUCCAAAAAAUCUUUUCUUGGCUCAAGAAAUUUUUUCCUGCUGCAAGAAAAUUUUCGUUUUCGACUCAUAAUUCGAAGAAUUACUUAGGGCAAGUACAAAUUUUCUCGAGCCAGAAAAAUUCCUUAAGAAAAUUUUAGUUUUCAUUCCAUAAUGCAAAAAAAUUCUUAGAACUAGUAAAAAUUUUUUGCACCAAGAAAUCCUUAUUUGUUGUGUACGGACGAAUUUUGCAUGACAAUUAAAUACGAAUAAAAAGUAAAAUUAACUAAAAAUGACUUAAAAUUUCCAUUUGAUCUAAAACGGAUGAAAUUUUCCGAGCCGUGUAUGUAAAAGAGAGAAUAAAAAUGUUGCAAUGAUAUCGGUUGGGUCAAUUAUAUAGUACAAUAUGCUAGGCCCUACUGAGAAAUCUGUCCAAUUCGUAACGAGAUAGUAUUUCUCCACAUAUACAUAUAUAGUUAAUGGAAUAGGAAAUAAAUUAUAAAUAAACUAUAGAGGUAAAAAAAUUAGUCUUGCCUAAUCGAGCCCUUGAAUCCCUCAAUUCAACUUUUAUGUGCAUUAAUUUUUUAACGCGCAUAUAUAUAUUAGAUAUAUUGACCCUUAAGUCGAAUGCGAGAUUGAUAUGGUAGAAAAAAAAUAUUUAGCAAUUGAUGACUCAAUAAAUUAAGUGAUGAUGGAUAAAGGGAUUAUCGAUUCAGGACUUGGACUUUAUUUAUUAUAAAGUAAAUAUGUAAUUAUCUCGUUGAUUUGAAUUGUGUGGGAUUUGUGGAAAAGAAAAUUUCUAAUUUCAAAAUUUUAAAUUUUGUCUUCGAUGGUCACAAAGGAUUUAUAGGACCAGGGUCUUAAUCAGCUAGAAAAAGAACCAAUCGAUAUUUUUACUUCAAAUUUUGAUUUGGCUUGAAAAAAAGUUAUCACGAAAAAAAAAAAUAAUAAAUUGCUGAGAAAUAUUUGGACAUAGAGUUAAUAAAAAAAUUUUUCUUCCAUAAACAGAAAGUCAAAUUUCCCACCAAAAAUUUCAGUUAUCGAAAAAAAGUAUGAUUGGUUUUUUACAAAUAUCUCUGCAAAUAUUAAGUUGUGGAAAAAAUUACAAGGUAUCUUUUUUGUAAAACGCAAAAUUUUCUACAAAAGUGGUACCUUGUACUUUUUUGAAUAACUCAAUAUUUACAGAGAUAUUUGCAGUUUAAAAUUAACUCGGAUCCUAUAGAUUCUAUGUUACUGUUAAGGAUUCAAAUGAACUAUCGCUUUUCUCAUCCAGCCGCCUGUAAUUGUGAGCAAUUAUUUACUUAUUUCAAUUCAUUAAAAAAAAUUCCAUUCCAAAAAAAUUUCCAAAAAGUUUGACAUGGAAAACUUCUUAAUUUGAGAAAGAUUAGAACUUCAAGUUUGACUUUUGUCUAACGUUCGAUUUUUAUAAUCGAAAAUAUUCGAGUUAAGAAAAUGUUCAAAAAUCCUAAGGAACUUUUAAUUUGCCUCAAAACGCUCCUGCACAAACUUCUGAAUCAACUAUAAAUUUUACUAUCAAAAUCCCAAAAGUUCAAAAAUAGUUAAACUUGUAAUACUACUGGAGUUAGCAUACGUCUACUGAUUUUUUGAUUUUCCAAGACGAUAAAUCAGAAAAAAAAUUUCAAAAAAAUUACACUCAUAGUUCUUUUCAUUUUCUACAUGUGCAUUUUUUUUCGGAAUUAAUUUGUCGAAAAAAAAAUCCAAAAAUUGUAUAUCGUCUACUAACUUUAGGAUCGUCAACUUGAAGUUCAAAUCCGUUAUAAAUUUAGAAGUUCGACGUCGGACUUUUUUGGAACGAAUUUCUCGAACACUGAAAAAAAAAAAUUUAAUUUAAAUUGGCUAUUUUAGUCAUACGCGAAUAAGGGAUGAGCUGUGACGCAUACACGUAUUUAGAUUGAGUUAAAAAAAAAUACCAUACUCAUUAUACCCCUCAAUUAUUAAUCUAUGUAAAAAUAUUAGAAUGGAAAAUGACAUAAAAUAAAUAACGAAUCGUGACGGGUCGUUGGAUUAAUUAUUACUGUACUUAAUGUUACAAUAGUUCUCAAAAUUGUGAGCUCUCUUUGUAACAAUGGCCAAAAUUAAGGGAUGACUGACGUGUUGUAUGAUUGGAAAAUAAAAAAAAGAGAAUUUAAUUUUUUCGUCGGCUUCAUUAGAUCUCUGAUAGGAUAAAAUGUCUGUUUUUUUU